CACCCGCCACAUCGUAUUCACUGCAUACUUCAAGUUUCUCGAUACCAUUUGAUCUACAAACGUUAUAAUAUCGUUUUUUCAUACGUAGUUAUAAAAAAUGCCGAGAAAACGGAAAUUACCUAAUCUACAUAGCAGGUGUCGUAUUUGUCUUACCGAAAAUGGUUGUAUGAGUAAUUUAUUCGACGAUAAGCUGCAAUUUCAAAUCAAUGACCUUAGCAAGUGUACCUCCAUUGAUAUAAAAGAUGAAAAGGGUCUACCGAAUAUCAUUUGUCAUGUUUGCUUAUAUAAAUUGAAUAUGUGGAGUGAAUUCAAGGAACAAUUUAUACAAUCUAAUGAAUUAUUGUUAAAUCAUUUGGAAAUAUCAGAAGCAUCUGAUAAUACGAUAUCACAAUUUAAAAGAAAGCUUGCAGAAUUGCAGCAGAGUAGUGAUGACAGUUUAUCUGAUACCAAUGAAAAGAAAAAGUCAAAAUCAGAGGUUCCUCCAUUAAUACCAUUGGAAUUUGCAAGUGUAGAUUGUGUUGCUGAUCAAAAUACACUAAAAGAAAUGUACAUAUCAGAGGAUGAUCCUGCCUCUUCAAAAGAUUCAUCUCAGAAAACAAAUGACAUUAAUACCAAUAAAUUUGAAGGAGCAAAUGAUAAUGAAGGCAAUACCCAAAUAAAACCAUCUUUAGUUCCAAUGAGGGUUAAAUCUUUAAGUGGUAAAAGGGGUAGAACAAUAGAAAGAAGAAAAGCUUCUACAAAACGUUGGGUAGCUAGGAAAAAAGCUCUUUUAGCAGCAACUGGAGAGCAUGCUUCAGAUACUGAUUCUGUAGUUUCUGAUGAUGCACAAUUAUCACCUGUACAGAAAGCAAGAGCAAAAACAAAUGCAGAUAAAGAAGCUGAGAGACAAAAGAGAUUAGCUAAAGCAUUAAAAAAUUUAGAAACUAAUAUGAGUGGUAAAUAUAAUAUUAAAAAUGACAGUGAUAAUGUAAUUGUAGAAACAGAUUCUGAUACAAGAAAAACAAGAUCUCAAACAUUGCUCAAUAAUGAUGUUUUGUCAAAUGAGAAUAAAAGUAUAUCAUUGAAGGAAGAUGGUAUGCAAGAUGAAUUGAAACAAAACAAAUCAUAUAUACAAAAUGUUUUAGAAAAAGAAAAUUCUCCUACUGAUAUUCCAGAGUAUGAUAUUACUGACGAAUCUGUUACAAAAAUUAAGUUGCAUAAUGAUAAAAAAGCAUUUUUGCCGCAUUCAGUAAAAUCAGAAUUAGAAAUCGGCGAUGUAAGGUAUGUUGUAACAUCGACAUUGGCAUUAACAGAACCAGAAUAUACAAACAAAACACAUUUAAAUAAUUUACCUAAAGAAUCUAAGAGCUUAAAUGUAGAUGAAAAUAGUCAAGAAAAAAAUACAGAUAUUAUCGAUGCUGUACAAUUGCGUAGAAUUCAUCCUACGAUAAGUGAUUCAAAUGAUAAAAGGUUAAUUGAAAAAUGUUUGAACAUAGAAGUAGAGGGAACAGAAUUAGAGGUAUUAAAACAAAUUCAGCUUGAAUUGGCUACCUUUAUUGAAAAAGAGGUGAAAUAUAAAUUAUUUGGGAUAAAUAGCAAUGAUAUAAAGAAUGAAGAAUUACAAAAUUUCUAUAGUUCUUCUUAUCAGGCAUUAGAUCAGAAAUUAAAAAAUAUAAUAGAAAAGACAAUAAAGAAAAAUAUUGAAGCGUCAUUUAAAUCAUUCGAAUUUUCUAAUCAACAGUCUAGAACUGUUUCAGCAGAGUUUGUAAAAACAGCAAUGAUCUCAAAAAAAUUUCAACCUACGGUUGUAUUAAAGGUAUUAGAUCUAAUACAGGAAAGUAAAUAUCAUAGAAUUAAUAAUUUACAUAUUCUUGAUCAGCAUAAACCUAUAAAUAAAAUUAAUAAUUCUCUUGAAAUUUUACCUCAUAAACGAAGAAGAGUGCCAUCUAGAAAGUACAAUGAUUAUAAUACAUCUACUAUGGACUCUGAUUCUAAUGGUUCAGAAGAAACUAUAUCACACAAGUUAUUAUCUACUCAAAAAGUAUAUGCAUCAUCUAUUAAAAGAGAACCUGGAGUGAGAAAACAAUCGUUUGAAAAAACUUCAAAACAUAGUAUUUUAAUGACAUCAACAUCUGUAGCAAAGAAAUCUACUGUUGGAUUUCAAAAAAGUAUAGAAAAUCGUAGCAAUAUAACGAAUCCAGAAUUAUCAAUAAGUGCAAAACAUAUUUGUGGUGUUUGUAAUUUGUCUUUCAAUGAUCGUUCAGAGAUUGAGGUACAUAUGAAAUCACAUAAAAUGGAAAAUACUAUUCCACGACAUAACAAACAUAAAAUGAUGCGUUGUAAAAGAUGUCAUGAAAUUGUGGAGGCUCGAUUCGUAAAAUCACAUGUAUGUCGUUCAGUAAAGCAAGUACAUAAAUGUUAUGUAUGUAAUGUUGUAUUUAGAACAGAAAAAAUAUUAGCGCAUCAUUUAGAAAGUCAUGAUCAAUCCGAAUUUAAUAUAGAAAAUAUAGCAAAAAUAGAUUCUAAAAAAUUAUUAGAUACGAGUAAUCGAAAUUCUUCAAUACUUGUUACUACUGUGAAAGAUCAAAUUAAAAAAUCUAUCGUAGGUACUCAAAUAAAAGCAGUAGAAAACACUACAUUAGAAAAUACAUUAACUUCUAAAAGUGCAAAAUUAGAUGGAAUUAAAAGUAUUGAAAGACCUAAAAAAACUUAUACUUGUUUUGUAUGUGAUAAAAUUUUUACAGACGAAGAGAUACUCAAAGAUCAUUUACAAAAACAUUGUGAUGAUAUUAGUGAAGAUGAGCAAAGUAUAGGAAAAGAACAAUAUCAAUGUGCUAUUUGUGGUGAUUCCAUGGAAUCUGAGGAUGCACUUGGAGUUCAUGUAGAAAAACAUCUUUUUGAUGACGAAGAUGACAAUCCUAAUCUUAUUACAAUAGGAACUGAGAAUGAAAAAACAAAAGAGUCAUCUUAUCAAUGUGUACAAUGUGCAGAAAUAUUUAAUUCGGAGAUGUUAUUGGAAAUGCAUACACAAGCGCAUGAAGAAGAAGCUGCAAUAGCAGAAUGGGAGAAGCAAGGAAUGAAGGCAUAUGAAUAUCAAUGUAUGAUCUGUGAUGAUCUUUUUGAGACUGAAGAAGAAUUAUCUGAGCAUCUGGAUGUACAUAAUGGUAAUGCACAUGUAUGCCAAUUAUGUGAGAAACCAUUUCCAACACUUUUACAUUUACAACAGCAUGUUGCAACGCAUUGAUGUAAAUAUGCACAUCAACUUUACUUUUAAUAUAAUAAAUAGUUAUUAAUAUAUAUUAUAAUGUUUGUCUAAUGUAACAACAUAUAAUUAAAA